CAACAGUGGAGCUAGUGUUGUCUAUAGUGUGCUCAUUAUUAAUGUAAUAUUGUUUUAAAUCAUUUUCUCUUUUCAAUAAAUUGAAAACAUUAGUCUAUCCAAAAAUUUAAAAUUAAAGUUCAGUGUAUUAGGUAAGGUAAUUUAGAAAUACACAAAUCAAUUUUGAAAGUUGUUAGUCUUUCUAUGUUGUUGAGAUUACAGUUGACGUAAUGUUGGGAGAUGUAGCAUGGGAAGGGUAGGCUUAAGCAAAUAAAUGGGUUGUUGAUUUGAGGAAUGCUUCAGGCAAAUCACUAUAAUUUAGUAUACAGUGGAAAUAAGUUACGUGUCACAAUAAUAUAAUAGUAUAAGUGUAAUAUGUAUGUGAUGCAAAUUAAUGAUUAUUAUUACUAUUAUUGUAAAGAACUAUAUUUGUUACCUUUCUUUCUAUCCUUUUUGUUUUUAAUUUGAUAUAGAACUUACACGUAAUAAUUAUUUACUUGAUAAUGAUAUUGUUAAUAAUAAUAUUACUACAAUGCGGAAACGGGAAUAUUUCUAUACUGAAACUUGAAAGUGAAACUUAGAAAACUAAAAGUUUAAUACCACUACCAGUUUAAUAUUAUUAGGUUAUGGUCGGAAUUUAUGCUUAACACUAUCUUUAUCUUCCUGUUAAGAAGAAACUUUACAUGAAAUUCAACAGUACUAAACUAGAGAAGGAUUGAUAUGAUUCUGUUUUUAUGAAGUAAUUUCAAAUUUAACCUGAAAUUUUAACAUGACAAAAAGACAAAUUAAUUAAGUAUUAUCAGUAGGAACUUAAAUGUGUACAAUUUACACUUUAAUGGAAAUAAAGCUGAAUAUUAGUACUAGAUAAAUUCAUAAAAUUUUAUAAUAUAAGAAUCUUUACACAACAGUGACUUAGUGGGAUUUAAAAUGAGACAAACCUACAUAUUCAUAUUGUUCUUCAGCUGACUGGUUAAUCAUCAUCAAUAAUAAUGGUAAUAUAGAUGUAAUAAUAACAUUAAUGGGAUACUUAUUCCUGAAUAUUUUCUAAAUAUUAAUUGUAAAUUUACCUAUGUUAAUUAUAAUAUAAAGGCCACUACUUAGGUUUUUUUAAAAAUAUUAAAGUAUGUACUGGGUACACAGUUCUGAUUAAUUAUGGCUACCAACAUAGUUAAAUGAUAUAAUUUUUUUUUUAUAUUGAUUUAUGAUACAUAAAUGUAAUUUAAUGUUAGGGUUAUAAAAGCUAUAUCUAUGUCAUAUUAGCCUGUGGUAGGCUACUAACAUUUAUUAAGUUUUAUCAAUUACAUGCAUAAAAAGUAUAGUACAUUAUUUUGUCUUACAUUUAUUGUCACAUAAUGUACUUACAUACUAUGUUAUACCUAUAUAUGUUUUCACCAAAUUGAACAAACUAUAAUAUGCCUAUUUUGAAGACUAAAUUUAAAGUUUAACUGUACAGAACUAAUAAAAGUAACAACAUAAUUAAAGUUUUGAACUUAAUUUCUUUCUCAUUUAAACUUUGUGUUUUUAAGCUUCAGUUCAGGUUAGCACACAAAUGUUCAUUAUUGAAAUGGACAUUUUUAACUUCUUUUAUACAUUUAGCUAAACAAGUAUAUAAUUGACAUAAUGAUAUUUAGUAAAAACUGAUGGCAUGGGAGAUUUCUACACAAAUUGAAUAUUUGUGUUUGUGCAUGUAAAACUCAAUCUACAAUUUCCCAUAAAAGAGAAUAUAAGUAGCAAGUUGCAUGUAAAAUUAAUUCAACAACAACCAGAAAAAUGUGGAAUAUGAUGAUGUGUGAUAUAAUGCCAACGAUAUCGGAAGACAGAAGUGGCCAGCUAACUGGAGAUGAAGCAAACUUUGAACAACUUAUGGUUAAUAUGCUGGAUGAAAGAGAUAAACUAAUGGAAACUCUUUGUAAAAGUCAGGACACCCUACAAGAAACUCGGGGAAAACUAGGAGAAGUGGAAAGGGAAAGAGACUCACUUUUUCGUCAACUACAAGCAAAUCUUCCUCAGGAAUUUGCUACAUUGAAUAAAGAGUUGAACCAAACACGAGAACAGCUAUUGGAAAGAGAGGAAGAGAUUCAAGAACUAAAAGCAGAAAGAAACAACACACGAGUUCGUGAAAAACUACGAGUAGCACUAGAAAGAGCUGCAAAACUAGAAGAGGAAGUAGCAAAAGCUAAUGAUGAGUUAGCCGAACAUAAAUAUAAGAAUAUCCUGAAAGAACUACAUGGAGGAGGAGAGCCAAAUCUAUCGAAUGGGUCAGCAGAGGUUACAGCAGAAGCAGCAAGAGUUGUAGAAUUACAAUGUACAAUAGAAAAACAGGAUACAGAACUAAGCUUAGCAAGAAGCAAGCUAGUAGAGCUUGGUAGUAAGCUUAAAGAGUUUGAAGAGGCUCUUUCUGUUUCAAAAAGAAAUGUAGGAAGAUUACAGGAGGAAAAUUUGAGACUAUCGCAAGACCUGAAAGAGAACAAUGCUCAAAAAUAUGACCAAGAAGAAAGAAUAGUAACAUUAGAGAAGAGAUACCUUAAUGCUCAACGUGAAUCUACGUCAUUGCAUGACUUAAAUGAAAAACUAGAAGAAGAGUUGUCUAACAAAGAAGAACAACUUAAACUUAGUGAAGAGAAAAUCCGUGCAUUGCAAGAAAGGAUAGAACUAUUAGAACAGAAACUUAAUGAGUUUUCUAAGAAGACUGAUGUUGCAAAAGAAGUUAAAGGUCUGCAACUAGUCGAAGAUGUGUUUCAGCAGACACAAGAAAGGCAAGUGAGUAUGGAGGAUCAAGUACAAAGGUUGGAGCAACAACUAAAUGAAAAGAGUGUGGAACUUACCAAAUCACAACAAAGAGAGAAAAUGAAUGAAGACCACAACCAACGGCUGUCAGCAACAGUUGAUAAACUGUUGGCAGAAUCUAAUGAGCGACUUCAACUUCACCUCAAGGAACGAAUGCAUGCAUUAGAAGAGAAAAAUAGUUUGUUGCAGCAGCUUGAACACGCACAAAAGACUCUUGAGGAGACCAAGGGUGAAAAGGGUAAAAUUAUGCAAGAAUUAGGUAAAAUGAGGGCUGAGAUGGAUGGACUUCGACAGAACUUUAUUAACUAUAAAGCUGGAAAUUUAGGCAGUGGAACACCCCUUUCUGAGGUUACUCUAGACAAUAGUCAAGUGAACUUCACUUCCCCUACUACAUCUGUUAAUCUUAGGGCAAACAGGGGUCGAAAGCAGUCCUUGGAGGGAGACCUGACAAAA